CACACUAUAAUUCCCACUCAGCUGUUACUGUAAGUCGCUUUCAGUUUCCACAUGCAUGUAUUCACAAAUCUGCGGUGUCGAACAGUAGGAAAAGUCGGGCCACGCGUCGGAUUAAUCACCUCGUCUGUCAGUUUUGAGCAACUUGUUGCGCAGCUGCUAUUUCUAACCUCCUCUGUGGUCCAUUGCUGCUGCGAGGGGACAGGCGCUGCUCUUAUUCACCAGCACACAGCCGCUGGUUUGUUUUCUGCUUCAUCGCUGAUAUUUUCUGUGGAGAAAGACAGAUGGGUGAAGCGGUGGAUUUUUGAAAGAGCGUGGCUGUAGGAAGAUGAAGCUUUUGUGUGGGUUUUUGUGAAGUCCUGUAGCCUGCAGUGGAUUUCGGAGUGUGUUUAAUAUGAUCUCAGAGACAGGUGAUGCGAGUCAUGAGCUGGACGCGUCCUUGCCACGGACUAGACUGGAGCCACAGCCUCUUGUACCUGGUUUUACUCCUGUGGACCAGACGCGUGAGUGGACUGGCUGACUUUUCAAACUACUUGUCCAGGAUCAUCACCAGUCACUCCGCUCAGGCGUGUGAUGGACAGCCUCUGCGACUCCACUGUCCACGCCACUCCACCAUCUCCAUCCAGUCUGCCUUCUACGGGGACGGCGCGGCGCGGCUGUGCAGAGCCGACCCGGACCCUUCACUCAGAGCUCACAACCACAGCUGUUCAGCUUUUACUGCUCUACAGAAGCUGCUGUCAGAGUGUCAGAGCCACAGAGACUGCCAGCUGUCUGUCAACCACCUGCUGUUUGGGAAGGACCCCUGCCCUGGCACUACCAAAUACCUCCAUGUGGACUACAAGUGUAAACCAACUGAACACAAAAGACAUGUGGUGUGUGAGGGGGAGAAGAUGAUCCUGCGCUGUAAGCCCCCCAAGGUUCUGAACAUCUAUGCAGCUGUCUAUGGGAGAAGUCUGGGCCAGACUGACACCUGCCCCUCACACCUGACGAGACCACCCCCAUUUGAGUGUCUGAACCACGAGGCUGUACACUUGGUGUCUAAGUCCUGCUACAGCAAACAGAAGUGUGCUGUUGCUGUCAGCAACCAGACCUUUAGGGACCCCUGCUUUCCAGGAACCAGGAAGUACCUCAGUGUGGUCUAUUCUUGUGUAGUACCGAAAACAUUACUAAGGGAAGCAGACCCUUACAUAUUCAGGUCCACCUCAUCUCCCACUGUGGAAACAGAAAAAGCAGCUACUCCUGCAGAUCCAGAGGAGCCUUUCCCCAAAGGGUCAAGACGACCAGACAACUCAGGAGCGAUGAUGAGCAACUCUCUCCUGACCUAUGCCUACAUUAAAGAGCAUCCAGAAAUGGCAGCGCUGCUCUUCACCUCCAGCGUGUGUGUUGGUCUCCUGCUCACACUGCUGGCUGUAUCAGUCAGAGUGACCUGCAGAGGGCGUCGGCUCAGAGAUCACAGACUCGCACCCAAGUCUCGAAGCCAGGCUGCCAACAGCCAGGAGGAGGAUGAUGAUGAUGAGGAUGAUGAGGAUGAAGAUGAUGAUGAUGAAGAGGGAACAGAAAGCUCUUUAAUCUCAGCUGCAGACAGGAAGGCGAUACACAACUGGGAGGAAGUGACUUAUGUGAGCGAGGCAGCCGAACGGGCUGAGAGGAUUGAGCGCAGGGAUAUGAUCAUACAGGAGAUACGGAUGAACGCCUAUCUGAAUGGCAGCUCAUGUUAACUCAACUAUGACCCAUGGGUGCUGCUCAGCACCGUGGGGAUUUUUUCAGGAUUCUCCGCAGCAGCUCUCAGCCUUUGAUUAUUAACAAAACAAGACACUUUUUUAUACACUGUAAAGCAGUUUAUUGUGUGUUUUGCCAUUUUUGCAGCUGUUUGUGAAGAAUGUAAGAAUGUUUGGGUGAAACUGCAGCAUUAGCUGUUUUUAAAGGAUCAGCAGGAUUUAAUGCAGUAAAAUGCGUGAUCACAUAAAUUCUGUAAUUGUUUAAAAGUUGUGUUUAUUCACAUUCACCACCAAAUGAAGCUUGAGUUUCAGGUUGAAAUACUAAAAAAAGGCUGAAAUCACUGGUCUUGACAGGAGAGACACAACUGUCAUGUUCAUUUAAGUUAAUUCAGUUUUUAUUUAAAUUGCCAAUGUCGAAAAAUUGCCUUUCGAGGCUUUACAAUCUGUACAGCCAACUCCCCUAAAACCCCCUUAACUGGAAAAAAUGGAAGAAACCUUAGGAAAAACAACAUAGGAGGGAUCCCUCUUCCAGUGCAGAUAGACAUGCAAUAGAUGUGUGUACAGAAUAGACCAACAUAGUAAAAUUACAGUUUGGAUAAUCAGAAUCACAAAAUGAUAGAUUGUAAACAUGGAUCUGGCAGGGAAUAAAGCAACUUCCAGCUGCUGCCAAACAGAUAAGCAGACGGACCUGAGAUACACGACCUCCUCUACACCAUGGAAACCUGCAGAGAGGAAAGACUACCCCCACUCAUGAGGCAAAACUCAAGCACACCAUACACAUGGGUAGAAGGGAGAUAAACACACAGAGGGAGAGAGAUCUAGAGGUUUAGCCACAACAUCCAGGAGACUAAAAAAGGCUGAUGUAGUUUUCAACAGGGCCUGUUGCUGCAGUGAAAGGAGCCACGGGCAAUCGCUCACAAACUGAAGUUGACGGACCAAUGUGGCGAGUGGUGAAUACAUCAGCACCAACAUCACUAGGACUGGCUAGUGUUGCUUCAAAUUUAAUAACAAAAUGAUCUGUACCACAGGGUGGAACGAUCAGAGUGUUGACCUGGACAAAGCAAGUCUUAAAUUAGGGUUUUAAUAUAACCGCUUCAAAUUGGUUGAAUGUAAUAUAAAGCUUGGAGGUUAGAUGAAACAGAUUUAUAGAUUCAGGCCCACCUUGUUUGGGGGAGGGGGAAGCUUCAAUGGUUUACACCAUGUUUCACAUAAACCAAUCAUAUCCAGACUAUGCUUAAGAAUGAAUAGACUGAUCUGAUACAUGUAAAACCAAAUUACACGGCCAAUCUAUGGAGCUGCAAGUAGAUGUCAAUACAUAAUACACCUUGUGCUAUUAUUAGAAAAUGUGUUGGGCCUGCAUUUAAUGGUGUGGAGAUACAAUUGUGAUUACCUUCAAUAUUUUUGUUUCAACACCUACAGUAAUUUAAGGUACUAUUACUGUACAAAUUAAUCCUUAAGGGGACUCAGAGCAGUUGUAUCAGUGAGACUGAUGAAUCACCAUAAACCAAAGAACAUGUCAGGGAAUGUGAUCUGUCUUAACACCUCCAGUUUGUCUAAAGGGACCAUGACACACAGAAGCUUUCAUCCCCUAACUCCCUCUGGGUUUUAACUCCAGAAUGAAGCCUUUUAAUCAUGGACAAAUGUGUGGCUUAAUAAGUGUCAAGUGUUCUCUGUCCAUACAAAAAUAGGCACAUUACAGUGUUUUCCCAACAGUAUAACUACAUUAGUGGUUGUUAAAAUUGCCAGCUGUUCACACCACAGACACAAGGUAUGUGUUCUAGUUUCACCCGUCACUAUUGUCUCUUCAAAAAGGCAUCUGAAUUGAGCGCAAAAAAAAGGUGGCAUUAUUAUCCUUUAAAUCUGCACAUUACAUCCAGGAUGUUUUUCUGAAUGCAGUGCUCCUUGAAACCAGCCACUCCUCUCUGAAUCACUGCAUCUGCUCUGUCCACAUCCACAUAGCGAAUAAAACACUCUGAACUUUACAGCUUCCUUAUCCCUGCUGGGACAAGAGUUGGAACGACCAUCUACGAUGUGGCAACUUCCUGCCUCAGAGCAACACUGACUCAUAGAGGUGUGUGUAUGUGCGUCAGUGACGGGAGACAAAGAGAGGAAAGGUGUAGCAUCCUUGUCCUUGGACCCAAAAGGAUGUUAAACUGUGUUCCAGCUGAAUCAUUACCUCUGAAACUUUGUUGAAUGUUAACACAUAAAACCAUUCUUGUGGAUUUAGUCACACACAGUAACAGUGUUCAGUAAAUUUAGAUUUAACUUUAAUUAUUUUCACAGAACAUAUAAAACUUUACAACAGGGUGAAAACAAUCAGUAAAAGAAUACAAGGAUCUGAUUUAAAUUAAAAUAAAUCAGGUUUAUCAUGA